UGUUUAUGCCGAAGCCACGGUUUUGAAUGUUUCAAGGAAGGUAUUUAACAAAAUCGGACUACAUACUAUUCAAUCAGCCAUCCCUCAGGCCUGAUCAUUAGUUUCCCACCUAAUGUUCCAUAUUUUACCACUUACAAGCCAUUCCUCCAGAUCACAACCAUAGAAAUGGCUUUGGUUUCUCUUAGAAUGCUUUCCUUUCUCUGUAUCCUUCCCAUACUCAUAUCUCAAGUCACUGCCCAGCCUGAGUUCCUGUAUCAUUACUGUAACGAGGGUAAUGGCAACUACACUGCUAAUAGUGCCUACCAGACCAACCUCAAUACUCUUUUGUCCAAUAUUGCUUCCAACACAGAAAUUGACUAUGGCUUCUACAACUUCUCUUAUGGCCAAAACUCCGACAAGGUUAAUGCAAUAGGGUUGUGCAGAGGAGAUGUUGCCUUAGAUAUAUGCCGCAGUUGCCUCAAUGAUUCUAGAACCCUCCUCACCCGGCUCUGUCCAAAUCAGAUGGAGGCGAUUGGUUUCUAUGACAAUUGCAUGUUACGCUAUUCAAACCGUUCAAUUUUUAACACCGUGGAAAAUUUGCCUUCCUUUUGCAUGUGGAACAUUAAGAAUGCAACAGGUGUGGAUCAGUUCAACAAAGCGCUAAGGAAUUUGCUGGAUGGUUUAAGUAGGACGGCUUCAUCAGGGAGCUCUCUUCGUAAGUUUGCUGCAGCAAACGCUGAAGGCCCAGACUUUCAGACUCUGUAUGGUCUCGUGCAGUGUACACCUGAUCUAUCUUCAGAUCAGUGCAGUGACUGCUUGGUCGAGGCAAUCUCAGGACUCCCACAAUGUUCUGGUGGCAAGAUUGGAGGUAGAAUUUUAAGACCAAGCUGUAAUUUUAGAUAUGAAGACUACCGCUUCUUCAACGCUACCAGUGAUUCAACACCACCAUCAGAAGGAAAGAGCAACACAUCACGAACUAUAAUUGCCAUAGUUGUGCCAAUUGCUUCCGUUAUUGUCUUGCUCGUCCUUGUCUGCAUCUGUUUACGAAUGAGGAAACCGCGGAAACAUAUCAAAAAUGAUGAAUUUGAAGCUGACGGUGAAAUGAGGUCAUCUGAGACAUUGCACUUGAACUAUGAUGCCAUCAUAGCUGCCACAAAUAACUUUUCUGAAGAAAAUAAGCUAGGACAAGGCGGAUUUGGACCUGUUUACAAGGGUAAGCUUAUUGGUGGACAAGAAAUUGCCGUGAAAAGGUUGUCUGGGAAUUCUUCCCAGGGGGAUAAAGAAUUUAAGAAUGAAGUGCUGUUAGUAGCCAAGCUUCAGCAUCGAAAUCUAGUUAGACUACUUGGUUUUUGUUUAGAAAGGCAAGAAAGACUACUAGUCUAUGAGUUUAUUCCCCAUAAAAGUCUUGAUUGCUUCAUAUUUGAUCCAAUCAAGCGUGCACAGUUAUCUUGGGAAACAAGAUACAAAAUUGUAGGAGGCAUUGCUAGAGGACUUCUUUACCUUCAUGAAGAUUCUCGCUUGCGAGUUAUUCAUCGUGAUCUCAAAGCAAGUAACGUUCUUUUAGAUGCAGAGAUGAAUGCAAAAAUAUCAGAUUUUGGUAUGGCAAGAUUAGUUGGAAGGGACCAAACUCAAGACAAUACAAGUAAAGUUGUAGGAACAUUUGGAUAUAUGGCCCCUGAAUAUGUACUGCAUGGACAAUUCUCAGUAAAAACGGAUGUUUUUAGCUUUGGUGUUCUAGUUCUAGAGAUUGUAACUGGCCGUAAAAAUAGUGAGGUUUUUGAAGGCGAGAAUGCAGAGAAUCUAGUCAGCUUUGCAUGGAGAAAGUGGAGGGAAGGAACAGCCACAAGUAUUGUGGACCCCGCAAUUAUGGGAGGUUCAAGAGAUGAAAUAAUGAGAUGCAUCCACAUAGGAUUGCUCUGUGUUCAAGAUGAUGUAGCUGACAGACCAACCAUGGCUUCAGUUGAAGUCAUGCUUAACAGCUACUCUGCUACCUUUCCUUUGCCUUCUCAACCUGCUUCCUACAUGAAUAGUAGAAAUUUUUCCUACAGCAGGUCCAGAGAGUAUAAUUCAGGGGCAAUAACAUCAAAUGAACUCAAAAACCAAUCUGUUCAAGCAUCAUUGAAUGAAGCAUCGAUCUCUCAGCCAUUUCCUCGUUAGAAGGAUUAUGGAAUUACUGUCUACACUCUGUUGCAAAGGACAAGCGAAUGUUGCAGUUUCGAAGAAAAGAAAGUUAUGUAGUUUUAUGUAUGUAUAUGUGAUCCUGAACAUUAAGAUUCUAUUUUUAUUUGUUCUAAUUCAGUUCAUUUGUAAAUGAAGAAUGUUCAGCUCGCAAUAUAGUUUUGUGUAUACAUA